CCCAUGAUCUCACUCGUACUUAGCGUAAAGUCCCCGACCGGCAGUUCAGAUCUGUGCCCUUUAUUCAACGCGAGUGGGUUCGGCCAUGGCGUCCGAGACGAUAGCGAUGAACGGAGAUGUGGACAAAGCAGACGCAGAGGAGGCUCCAAGUCCUGCCAGAUCGAAGAAGAUGGCACGUCCUCUCAACAUGAACACCUACGCCAAUAAGAAGAGCGCGGUGGAGAGCAUGCUGGACGUCGCGCUGCUAAUGGCUAACGCCUCUCAGCUAAAGGCCGUGCUGGAGCAGGGUCCAUCCUUGAGCUUCUACACUGGACUCAUCGCCCUCAUCAGCAUCUCCCUCAUCCUGCAGGUCGUGGUGGGAAUCCUGCUCAUAUUCUUAGUGAAGUGGGACCUGAAUGACGAAGGAAAACACUACCAGCUGAACCUUCUGGAAAACAUCAGCACAGCCCUCGUCUUCAUCAUCGUGGUAGUAAACGUCAUGAUCACAGCGUUCGGCGUACAGAAACCGAACACUGGCGCGUAACCGCCGGGAAAACCGACCUACCUCCAGCGUCUCUUCAGAACUCCAGAGCCACCAAGUCUUGAAGCUUUCCCCAACAAACCCUCUAAACCUUCAGCAUGAGCAGCAGGCUGUGAAUGCAUGCAGUGGCGGAGACAGAGUGCUUCCUAAUAACUGGUUUAAAUUUCUCACGUUUGAUAUGGCAAGUCUGUGGUGAGGAUAUUUGGAUAUCUGCCAUUAUGCAAAUGAAGACAAAUGAAGCACAUUUUCAGUUUUUUUAAACCACAUUCAUUGAAGCCCAGCUGUCAGUUCUCCAUUUCACUCCGUCUACUACUGCCAGUAUUUUAGGUGCAAUAAACGGCGCAUUUAAAGAGGAAUUCCACCGAUUGCGCUUAAUAUAUGUUUAAUUAAAUGUCUGAGAUGUAAACAGUCAUUCAGAGCGGCAUCCUGUUCUAGAUAAACUUACCGGAUCAGAACUGUUCACGGUGGUGGUGAUAGGAACCAGACCAGACCUCUAAAAGCUCCUCACAGAAAGUUGCUACAUUAAUGCACUGCCUGCUGUUUAGUGAUGAGUUUUGAGAGUCUAAACAUAUUUACAUAAUAUAAUACGUGCACAGUUGAGAGAUAUACGCCAUAUAGGCCAGAGGUCACCACUCAAAUGAGCCAUCUGGUCCUUUCCACAAAAAUCAGGCCAGGUUUUCUCCUUUUCACCAUCUUGGCUGUAAAUAUGUCUAUAAAUAAGCUUCAGCUCAGCGAUCAUAGCUUUUCUCGCAUCUCCAGCAGGAAACUUCUUCAAAA